AGUUGACUGCUGUGCUAACAAGAGAAAAGCGAAAGUGCAAACAACACGCCAGAUGGCAGUUCGUUGAAUGAUGAGAGAAUCCGGUCUUGCGAUACCCCCCUGUAUAUUGUGCGAGGUGAUAAAUGUACCCCUCACUCAAGCAAUCAAGCAACCCGAUGAGACUUUUGACACCAGUUCCGACACCGUGAAGAUAGAAACGAGACCGGGAAUGAACUAUCACCGGACUGAAUGGACUGUGGGAGGAUCAUAUAUCCAAGCAUUUACUAUAUAAACCCGUCUUAACUGUCGGCCAGCAACACUCCCAAAAAGGUCAGCCAGGUCAAGAAAAUAUCAGAAUAAGAAGCCUUUUCAAAGAGCACUUGUCCAUACACAACGACCGCACACCGCAAAUUCGCCACCAUCAUGCAUUUCCAAACCUUCUGUCUUGCAUCAGCCACGCUGGCCAUCGCCGUUAUGGCAGCACCGAUCAUUGAACUCAGCUCACUUGCCACACGUGAAGCUAGUGUUCCUCGGGGUUUCUUCAAUAACAAUGAUGCAGGGUCAGAGGUGAAGCGAGGAUUUUUCAACAAUGCAGAUGUAUCAAAUGUUUCAAAGGAGAAGCGAGGAUUCUUUAACAACGGAGACUCAACGGCGGAAGUUUCAAAACGCGACGAGGAGGUUGAUGAUGAUGGGUACUAUUACACAUAUACAGACAGUAACAAGUAAAGGAACUGGAAUUCAUGGAUUACUCAGUCGGAAGUGGAAGAUCUGAGGGAAUAGUAGUUUUUAUCGCUGUGGGAUUACUUUUCAAGUUGGUGGUUGUGUUGGGCUGACUCAAGGACGCACGCGACCGAUUAAUACAGCAUUGGAUCUCGUCUAUUUUCAACAAAUGACAAUUCUUAUUUCUUCUUCAUGUGGGAA